AAGAGAGAGACAUUUUUUCAUACAAUAGCAAAGUCAGCACCACCCAUGAUAAUGCUUAAAUCAGCAAGACACUCAUACAGUACACAGCAUUUCUUCAGCUACUCUUUAUAACUCUUGCUACUUGAACACUUAAAGAUUUGGAAUAUUACCUCAGCUAAGACCUGUAAACAAACAUACUGAAAAUACCCAUCUGCAAAGACCAGAAAAGUCUGUCAAUAUAUCAGACUCAAUCCCAAGAUCACCAAAUAGAUGAGAUGGAUGAAAAUGAAAAUGAGGAAAUCCUAAAAGAAAUGAUGAACCUGACAUCAGAAAGGAUGAAACAUAUAACAUUGAAAGACCAUUAUAGAGUAAUAAAAAGGCUGGGUAGUGGUACUUAUGGAUCUGUUCUACUAGUCGAACAUAGGCUACGAGGUAAUGCUAUGGCUCUAAAACUAAUGAAGAAAAGAUCAACAAAGAAGGAGAAUUUCCUAAUGGAAUAUUGUGUGUCACUGUGUCUGGCAUCACACCCUAAUAUAAUUAAAACUUUUGCAAUCGCCUUUGAAACCAAUAGAUAUUUUUCGUUUGCACAGGAGCUGGCAACAGCUGGCGAUCUGUACUCCAUCAUUUUGCCUCAAGUUGGUUUGCCUGAGACAAUGGUAAAACGAUGUGCAAUGCAGUUGACUGAAGCUCUGGACUUUAUGCACAGCAAAGCCCUGGUUCACAGAGAUGUCAAACUGGAUAAUGUUUUGCUUUUUGACAAAGAUUGUCACUACAUAAAACUUGCUGAUUUUGGAUUAACAAGACUUGAAGGAUUCCACAUAUCUCCUAUGAAAGGAACUCUUCCUUAUUCACCCCCUGAACUAUGUUGUUUAGAAGAAAAUGAUACUCUUGAACUUGACUCCAGCCUUGAUGUAUGGGCACUUGGUAUUCUUCUGUUUUGCAUCUCAACUGGAUACUUUCCUUGGGAUACAGCAUCAACUAAAGACAGUCAGUAUGAAGAAUUUGUUCGGUGGCAAACUACAGGAAAUUACCAGAAAAUCCCUUCUCAAUGGAAGCAAUUUACAUGCCAUGCAAUAGACAUGUUUCAGAAGCUAUUAGCAAUAAACUCUGUGUCACGAAGCCCUGCUAUUGAAGUUCAAAAAUAUCUAAGUGACCCAUGGAAAAUUAACAGUGUUAAAGAUAACAGCAACUUGCAAGAUAACUUUCUGGAAGAUAAAACUAACACUGAAAACUGUGCCAGACAGGUCUGCUCACAGAAUAAAAUGUCUCUGUAA